AUGACGGGAGGCCGAUGUCAGCAGCGGCGGAAUAUGACGGUGGCGAUGGGUUGCGGGGUCCAAGAGAAACCAUGCCCAAUAUCUAGGGCCAAAAAAGCUCUAUCCAAGCGUUCGCCCUUCGAUUCCGAGGAUGUCCAGGUUUCCACUGUCCUCAGUCUUCCCAGUGGGUUGGCCAGCUGGUUGUCGAAGUAUUCCGAUGGUCGGAAACUGCAGAAGAAGUCGCAUUCGGGAUCGGAAAAGAAGGGGUCGACGCCCAAUGGGUCUGAGAAAGUCCGUGGAUCAAACAUUUGGGUUGAGACCGAAGAGUAUUUCAGAGAAUUAACUGUGGAUGAUAUUGAAAAAUUGUGUGAGGUAUCAAAAAUCGGAUUUUCGGGUACUGAGAAGUGUUUUCGAAUUCCGUCACGGGGAAAUGAAAGCAGUGUUCGAGAUUACACGUGCAAUGGUCACAUUGCAGACAACCCCAGUGGUGUUAGUGGACAUGGGGUUGAAUUGGAUUCCAGGGUCGGUGUGAAAGGAGAGGCUGAAGAGGAAAGUGAGCAGUUUAUGGAAGUUGAUACUGUAGGAGCUAAUGAAUUGGUUCAACAAGAUAAGGGUAGUUCUUUGCCUCAAUCAUCGGUGCCUUGUAGUGGUUUCGAAUGGUUAUUAGGUUCUAGGAGUAAGAUUUAUCUCGCCUCAGAGCGGCCUAAUAAGAGACGGAAGCUUUUAGGUGGGCAUGCAGGGUUAGAUAAACUACUGGUUGCUUGUCCAGUUACAGGGUCAUCUUCUUUAUGCCAUUAUUGUAGUUUGGGUGACAUGGGCGACCAGUUAAACCGGAUUAUUGUUUGUAAUUCUUGUGGUGUGGCAGUUCAUUGGAGAUGUUAUGGUGUGCAUGAUGAUGUGGAUGGUUCUUGGUUAUGUUGUUGGUGUAAGCGGAGGAAAGAGGUUCUAGCUAGUGAUAGGCCUUGUUUACUUUGCCUAACCAGGGUGGUGCUUUGA